AUGAGACGGCUUGUUGAUAUCGGUGCUAAUCUUACUGACAAAGUCUUCAUGGGUGUUUACCGCGGCGUACUCCAGCAUAAAAAUGAUUAUCAUAAUGUUUUAUUUCGAGCCAGGAAAUGUGGUGUGGAGAAAAUAAUUAUAACUGGAGGGUCACUCACUGAUAGUGCUGAGGCUAUAUCCCUGUGUGAAUCUGAUAAGGACCUCUUUUGUACAGUUGGAUGCCAUCCUACAAGAUGUUUGGAGUUUCACGAGGAUCCAGAUAACUACCUGAAUAAACUGGAAAACCUAAUUCUGACGACGAAAAAAGUAGUAGCUGUAGGUGAAUGUGGUCUCGAUUAUGACCGUGAAGAGUUUUGUCCAAAAGAUAUCCAGAAAGAAUAUUUUGACAUUCAACUUAAGUUAGCUAGUGAUGUUAAGUUACCUUUAUUUUUGCAUUGUCGAGCUGCACACGAUGACUUUCUACAAAUGAUCAAAAAUGCUAAGCAGUCAUAUUUUCAAGGCAAGCCUUUUCGAGGUGUUGUGCACUCAUUUGAUGGAACAGACGAAAUGGUCAAAUGUUUCACUGAUAUGGGAUUGUAUAUUGGUGUCAACGGUUGCAGUCUGAAGAACCAAAGUAAUUUGGAAGUUGUGCAGAAAAUCCCGCUUGGUCGGCUGUUAUUAGAAACAGAUGCUCCUUGGUGUGAUAUUAGAAGAACUCAUGCAGGAUAUCGUUUUGUUAAGACACACCACACUUAUCGCAAGCAUAAUUCGUGGGAUGAAUCCUACAUGGUCAAAGGACGCAACGAACCUGCUAACCUUGUCCAAGUUCUGGAAGUUGUUUCUGCUGUGAAAGGAGUAAGCGAGGAAGAACUAGCUGAAAUAACAUAUCAAAAUUCAAUUGAUUUAUUUUCUUUGCCAAUAUAAAGCUUUAUAAAAAUUAAAUUCUAGUAAGGAGAGCCAGUUUUGAUAGACUUCAGCAUUUUUAGCUAUGUGCCAAACGUUGCUGCGCGUUUCUGGGUCACUAAAAGUACUUACAUAUUCGUGUUAGCGCUGAUCAAAAUAAAAGGAAAAAAUGAACUCUAGUUUUUGCAAAAAUAUGUUAAAAUAAGCUGAUAGAGGCAGCUUUGAAAUAAGACGGAAACAUACCUCGCCUUUUCAAUUCUACAGACCAGUCACCUAGCGUACAUUAGAAACUAACAUCUAUGAUUUCCGAAUAUAUAUCACAAAGGUGUACAGAUCUAAAGUUAUAGCUUGUUUUUCUACUUUUAAAUUGC